CACACCUAUAUAAAGGCCAAGCUAGGCAGCUAGCCACUCCAAACCACUCCAAGCCUCCCCAGGUCCAUCCCUGCCUUCUCUUCAGCGAGCUCCCCUGAACUUCAGAGCUCCAGAGAGACCACAACCAUUCUUGACCUGCAUCAUCAGAACUUGUUCUUGACAUGGCUGUGCGAUCCUGGAACCCUUUCUCAUGCUGCGUCGGCGGCGGCGCAGUGGCGGACGAAUAUGACGAUGAUUCUGCAUCAGCACGCCGAAUCGGGCGAAGGGGGAAGGGCAGCCCGAGGUCAUCCUCGAGGAUGUCAUUCAGGAGCCUCAGCUCGUCGGGGACACUGUCGCCAGAGGACCUAUCCCUGACGAUGUCUGGCUCCAACCUGCACGCCUUCACCUACGCCGAGCUCCGCGUCGCGACGGGGAACUUCUCGCGCGCCAACUACCUCGGCAGCGGUGGGUUCGGCCCCGUCUACAAGGGCGUCGUCGACGACAAGCUCCGCCCCAGGCUGGCUGCGCAAGCGGUCGCCGUCAAGUACCUUGACCUGGAGUGCGGCACCCAGGGCCACAAGGAGUGGCUGGCUGAGGUCUUCUUUCUCGGGCAACUGAGGCAUAAGAACCUGGUGAAACUGAUCGGGUACUGCUACGAGGACAAGCACCGGAUGCUGGUCUACGAGUUCAUGAGCGCCGGCAGCCUGGAGAACCACCUCUUCAAAAGUAUUAAUGGCUCUCUACCGUGGAUGACGAGGAUGAAGAUCGCUGUCGGUGCAGCCAAGGGCCUUGCCUUUCUCCAUGACGCCGACCCCCCGGUGAUCUACCGCGACUUCAAGGCCUCAAACAUCUUGCUCGACUCGGAUUACAACACCAAGUUGUCCGACUUUGGGCUUGCCAAGGAUGGGCCUGAGGGCGACGAGACACACGUGACAACACGUGUCAUGGGGACGCACGGUUAUGCAGCGCCAGAGUACAUCAUGACAGGCCACUUGACAGCCAAGAGCGAUGUAUAUAGCUUUGGCGUAGUCCUCCUAGAGCUCCUCUCUGGUCUGCGAUCAGUGGACCGAGCGCGGCGGCCGAGGGAGCAGAACCUGGUGGACUGGGCUAGGCCGUACCUGAAGCGCUCCGACAGGUUGUACAAGGUCAUGGACCCAGCUUUGGAGUGCCAAUACUCCUGCAAAGGUGCCGAGGUGGCAGCAUUGGUGGCCUACAAGUGUCUCAGCCAGAACCCAAAAUCAAGGCCCACUAUGCGGGAGGUGGUCAAAGCACUCGAGCCCGUGCUUAGCAUGGAUGACUUCUUUCCUGUGGGCCCUUUUGUAUUCACAGUUAUUGUGGAGGAGGACAAGGUGGUGGACAUGAAGGUGGAGGUCGAGAAGCACCAACACCAUCGCCAGAACCAUGAAGACAGGCACCGGCAGAAGUAUCCUGACUCCGCGAUACAUACCGGCAUUGUGCUCCAUGGCCGCGACGGGCUAACUACCAGGUACACCGGUGCCCAGUGGCGGCAACAAAGGUCGUUGAGCUACCGCCGGGAGAGGGGGGCAUAGGACUAGGGUAGGGAAAGUGAGUAGGACAAAAUGGUGUGUAUGUCCAUACUAUAAAGAUGUGAUUCAAUGUCACAUCGGUUUGUUUCAGAUUAGAGGGUGUCUUUCUUUUCUUCUUGAUAGUGACAAUGGGUGUUAGAUAAUAUAGGGAUGCAAAAUAGUGUGACAAAAGUCCAGUAUUGAUUUUGGCUAGGAUUGUUGUUCAUAGCUGUUGUGUACAAAUGAAUGAUCUAGUUAAAAAAGGAUGUCCAUUUCUUC